CAGCAUCUUUUGGGGAGUGGUGAUAACCACAGAGAAGACGCAGCUGAGCCCGGGAGACCUGAUGGCGGGCUGAACCUCCGGCUCGAGGCAGACGCAGGAGGUCUGGAGAAGGAGCUAGCGGGGCUCAUGGAUGGGGAUUUAGCCAUCGGAAAGAUGGCUUCCUCCACCAGUCCCAUGGGCCCUAUCGACAGCCUGGAGCUCCUGGAUCUACUGUUUGACCGGCAGGAUGGCGUUCUGAGACACCUAGAGCUUGGAGAAGACUGGGGCCGUGGGGAGGACCAGGUCCUGCCAGGCGCGGACUCUGAUGACUUCCUCAACUCCAUCCUGGGUUCUGGAGAUUCAGAUUCCCCAACCUGGUCCCCCGCGGCCAGUGACAGUGGCAUCUCAGAAGAUCUGCCCUCUGACCCCCAGGACACGCCUCCACGCGGUGAGGUGCCUGCCGCGCCUGCCGGCUGCCAUAGUGUGAAGUCUGGUGAGGGGCCCUGCCCCUCUUACCAUCCUGGCCCCACCUGCCCUGCCAGGCACCUCGGGCCAGUGGCCCAAAGGCUUGAGACUUCUGUGGCUAUAGACCUGGAAAUGUGGAGCCCAGGCGUCUAUGCCGAGGAGCAGACUGACCUGGCUGACUCACCCUCAUGCUACAACCUCACAGUCAAGGACCUCCUCCUCUCCAGCAGCAGCGGGGACCUGCAGCAACAUCAGCUGGCAGCCCCCCACCUGUUGCAACCUGGGACUGGGCACUGCCAGGAGCUGGUGCUGACGGAGGAUGAGAAGAAGCUACUGGCCAAAGAAGGCAUCACUCUGCCCACUCAGCUGCCCCUUACCAAGUACGAGGAGCGAGUGCUGAAAAAGAUCCGCCGGAAAAUCCGAAACAAACAGUCAGCUCAAGAAAGCCGGAAAAAGAAGAAGGAAUACAUUGAUGGCCUGGAGACUCGGAUGUCAGCCUGUACCGCCCAGAAUCAAGAGCUUCAGAGGAAGGUCUUGCAUCUCGAAAAGCAGAACCUGUCUCUCUUGGAACAGCUGAAGAAACUCCAGGCCAUUGUGGUCCAGUCCACCAGCAAAUCGGCACAGACGGGCACCUGCAUAGCAGUCCUGCUCUUCUCCUUCGCCCUCAUCAUCCUCCCCUCCAUCAGCCCUUUCGCCUCCAACCGAGCCGAGAGCCCCGGAGACUUCGCACCUGUGCGAGUUUUCUCCAGGACUCUACACAACGACGCGGCAUCCCGAGUGGCUCCCGAUGCUGCACCAGGCUCCGAGGCCCCCGGACCCGGGCCCAGCACUGGCGCACUUCAGGAAAGGUCUCCAGGCAGCCCUCCUGGGGAAUGGGAAUCCCGGGACACACGUGCUCUGGACAACUCGACAGAGGAUCUGGACAACUCAACUCUGGUCCAGGGCAACUCCGUGAAGGAACUGGACCGGGCCACCCUGCUGGACUGUGCCCCGCCUGAGCCAGCAGUCAGCCCGGGCCGCGUGGGGCUGGAGGCAUCAGGGGGGGAGCUGUGAGCACCAUGGGUCCCUGCCCCCGUCUCCACCCCGGCCCCUCUACUCAGGGGUGCUUCAAUAGGUGCUGUAGUGGACAGGGACAGGCAUGGGGAUCCGAGGUGAGAGAGAGACCCUGGAGAAGGUAUCAGGAUGGAGAUGCACAGAUACACAGCUACAGACCCAGGGACCCAGGUACACACCGAAACUGAUUCUCAGACACAGACCAUAAGGCCACAAAGCCUGAGAAAUCUAGAUGCAGACCCAGGUGCGGGAGGAAACAGGAACACACACACAGACUGAUCCCCGACCUAGACAGAUCGAUAUACACUAGGCCUCAAUAACUACCCCCCUACCCCGACCCUGGGGACUCCUCCCUGCCCCCUCGCACACACGGAGGAGAAAGCAGCCAAGUCUGCAGGGACCCUGGCCCCAGAGCACGGGAUGAGCCCUAAACUUCGGCGCUGCCAUGACCCUUUCCUUUUCCGUUUUUUAGACUGCCAUGAUCCUUAAUAAAGUAUCUUGGCAGAACA